AUGAUGGUGGCUGCCCUGGCCAUGAUGACGGAGGCGGCACCCCCGCGCGUCCGCAACCUUGAAGAAUCCCAAGACAUUGCCCAGCAAAUUCGAGAAAAGAACCAGCGACACUUGGAAGGAAAGGCACGGAUUCGCGACGCCCAAGAAGGCCGAUUCUGGCGCAACCAUUUGUGA